AUGGCAAUUUUAUACGCAGAAAUCAAUAAUGGACCUCAGCUCGAAGGUACAGUCGACGAGCUCUUUGAGAUUCACUUAUUUACCUUUAGAACGUCUGCGAAUUCUUCGAAUGUGCUUGAAAAAAUAGCUAUCAAACAGAUUCACCACAUUUCUUUCCCCCACAUUCCAAUACAGGGAACUUUUGGCUUUCAUGUUACUAGGCUAAUUUUCUCAAUUAUUACCCUAUGUUUGCAGUUUCUCAAUAUCUAUCGAACGGUUUGGUGGCUCGGAAGACCAGGAGUCAAGUACCCGAUUGAUAUUGACAAUAUCGAUUUCCAUUUGGUGUACUACAUUCUUCUAAUGCUACUCAUAUCACCUUUUUACGAAGCAUUUCAAAAUAUCUACUGGAGAUCGAAAUCGUCUUUUCGGAGUUCCUUUUGUCUUUUAACAGGAAUAAUUGGAUUUAUCUUAUGGUGUUUAGUUCAAUUUCAUAUGAUUAUGCGCAUAAAUUACGAUUCCUUCCUAUUUACACACCCUUAUUUUGGUGUCCUUCUUGUGAUUUACCAACCGAUGAUCUUCCUCUUCGUCUAUUAUUAUGAAUCUGCGAGGUACAUUUGCAGACUUGCUAUGGAAGAGGCUAAAUCUGUAAACUUCAAAGAGCGUUUGAACUUUAUAACAAAUCAAGUCAAAGCCGCUUUUCACUCUCUUCUUUCCUUGAGAUCUAAAUUAUCAGUUAAGCAGUUCAUUUCCUGGGACGAAGCCCGUUCGAAACCUGGUUCUCUGACAUACAAGGUGCCACGGUAUAGUCCAUUCAUGCCUAUCCGUUACGCCACCGUUCAGCACCCAGCGUUCAGUUACACCGCCACGUUUUACACUCUUCAAACGACGCCUAAGCAACAGCAUUUGGUGGUUCUACGGCACAAUUGUGCUCGAUGCUGCCCAGCUACUAGCGAAAACGCUGCCCAAGUGGUGCGAGACGAGGUAGAUGCUCUCUCUGCGGACUUUAAUGCGAGAUUAUUUGAUACUAUCAUGGGAACAGCUGCAUUGACCUUCUAUUGCACUAUUCUGCCCUGCUUUUUUGUGAAGGUGAGCUGCACCGCCCUCUUCUUUACCUUUGAGUUUCUUGCCCAUUACCGGGGUCUUCCGGGGGUUAAAAGUUAA